AGUGUAAGGACAGUGAAAGCACAUUAGUGUGAUAAAAAUUAAAAUAUGCUAAAAAUAAAGAAAAAGAAAAAAUAUUUUCAAUUAUGGGAUUAGUUGAUAUGUUUGUUGCAGGUUUAUGUUUUAAUCUUACAUGCCCUUUGGAACCAUAUAUAAAGAACUACUGUUUUAAAAAUACUUUUACCAAUAUAUCAAGAGGUAUAGGAGUAGAUCAUGUUAAUGUUACCUGUCCAGUUAUUGAUAUUAAUACUUUAAAACGGAAACAAGAAUUAAAUUAUUUAAGAGAUGAACUUAAGGGCCUUAAUAUAAAAGUUACAACAAUAAAUAAUGGAAUCCUCAGUGGUCACUCUACUAGUUUAAAUGGAUCUACCAUUGGAACCGGUAUAGCCUUUGAAAUUUUAAAUAUACUACAAAAGAAAUUUAAAUUUGCCUAUAGCUUAACUAUUCCAAAGAAUAAUGUAUUUGGAUCCAGAAAUGAUGGGGUUUUCGACCUACUAAGAAAAAAGAAAGCUGAUAUUGGAGUGGCAUUUUUUCCAAUUCUUCAAAUAAAAACUUUUACGAACUUUGUAAAAUAUUCUCCGAGUCUAGACACUGGUGAAUGGGUUGUACUUUUAAGAAGACCAGAAGAAUCGGCUACGGGCUCCGGAUUAUUGGCGCCUUUUACCAAAUGGGUGUGGAUUUUAAUUAUUUUAUCACUUUUAGUUGUUGGACCAAUAAUAUAUUUAAUUAUUUACUUAAGACAUCGAAUUUGCAAAGAUGAUACAAAAGUUUACUCGUUGUCUAAUUGUAUGUGGUUUGUGUAUGGAGCAUUGCUUAAACAAGGCACAACUUUAAGUCCUAUGACAGAUUCUUCUAGAUUGCUGUUUUCGACUUGGUGGAUAUUUAUUACAAUUCUUACUGCUUUUUAUACUGCAAAUUUAACUGCUUUUUUAACACUUUCAAAAUUUACUUUGCCUAUCGAAGAGCCAGAAGAUAUAGGCAAAAAUCAUUACAAAUGGAUUACCAAUAGAGGUAAUGCAAUUGAAGAUCAAAUAUAUCAUGAGACUAGAAUUGACGUUAAAGAUUAUAUGGUUGAAAAUGAAAAGUUAAAGAAUAUUUUGGGCCCUCAAGCCUAUUCCGAAUCAAAUGAUCAAGCCGAUAAAAAAAUACUAAAAGACUAUAUUACAAGAGGAAGUGUAAUGUUUAUAAGAGAAAAACCCAUUAUUGAUUACGUUAUGUACGAUGACUAUAAGGAGAAAAUGAAAGAAAAUAUAAAGGAAAAUAAAAGAUGCACUUUCGUUAUAACAAAAUUUCCAGUGGCGACUUUUGCUCGUGGUUUUGUUUAUAAUAAACAAUUUCGUUAUUCUCAGGUCUUUGAUUCAGCCAUACAACAACUUGUAGAAUCCGGAAUUAUAAAAUUUAAACUAAAAGAAUUUCUUCCGGAUACUGAAAUAUGUCCAUUAGAUCUUGGAAAUAAGGAAAGACAACUCAGGAAUUCUGAUUUGUCCAUGACAUACAUUAUUGUUGGAGGAGGUCUAAUAGUAUCAUCAAUUGUUUUUCUUAUUGAAAUACUAAUUGAAAAAUGCAAAAAAAGAAAAUCAUCACUCUAUCAUAACAAACCACCAUUGUAUUUAAAAAGACCAGCUACAAAAAUAUUGGACUUUCAAAAUAAUAAUAUUGACUUUGUACCACAGAAAAAAAGUUUUGUCACACCUCCACCACCUUAUAAUACAUUAUUUAAUUCUCAAUUUGUAAAAGGUGGAUAUAAAAUUAAAAAUAUUAAUGGUAGAGACUAUUGGGUUAAUAAAACUCACAGCCCAUCAAAUAUUAUACCGUAUAGAACACCUUCUGCUUUAUUGUUUCAAUUUACAAAUUAAAAAAAGCAUUAUUGCAUUUUUAUGUUAGGAUUGUUAAUUUAAAUAGUGGGCAAUUUUAAACCAAAUUGCCCAAACGUGCUACACUAUUAUACAGUGGCGGCUGGUGGAUUUUG